AUGUACUACAACAACCGCUCCCUAUACAACGCCGCGGAGUCCGAAGAAACGGAGAGGCGCAGGGACGAUGAUGACCACUUCCCAGGCACCAUAACCAUCCGACCUGGCGAAUACAACUCAGGCACGGGAUUGGUCAUCCCCGAAAAGUUCACUCUGCUCAAUCCCUCCAUCAGACCACAGGACCUCUUCCCGCCGGGUCGACGAGUUGAUACCUCCCCGCCCGUCCGCCGGUUCAUCUCGCGGUUGAACCCGAAUGAGAUGCUCAUCUAUACGGACGGCGCCUGCCUGGGCAACGGCGAGGCGAAUCCCAGGGCAGGCUGCGGCGUGGUCUUCAGAGAAGAGCGGUCGGGACGAACGAGCAACCGGGCCGAGUUGCGGGCUGUGAUUGCCGCGCUGCAGUUCCGCUUUUGGGCCGGCGAGGGGUGGACGAAAGUUGUCAUCGCGACGGAUUCGGAAUAUCUCGUUGAGGGGGCUACUUCGUGGAUUAAGGGCUGGAUACGGAACGGGUGGCGAACUAGUACUGGGAGGCCGGUCAAGAAGAAGGAUCUGUGGAAGUGCUUGUUGGGAUGGUGUGAGGAUGCGGCUACUACUCGGACGAAGACGAAGCUUGAGUUCUGGCGGAUCCCGCGCGAGUGGAAUGCCGAAGCAGAUGGAUGGGCUAAACUUGCUGCUGAUAAGGAUGUGAGGCCGACGAGCUUUAUGAAGCCAACGGCUUAUUUGAUUUAG